GAGGCUGCGAGAGGACCCCGAGAGCAGCGAGGAGGGCACUGCGUUGCCAGGCACCAUGAGGAGCCUCCUGCGUGUUGCUCUCGGCGGCUGCUCUGCUCCUCCCCUCGGCAGCCUGCUGCUACCCAUGGCGCCUUCUGCCAGGGCGCCCGCUUCCUGAAUGUUUCGCACCAACCAGGAAUUCCUUACAAGUGGCUGACUGUUGGUGUCCCAAAGGAGAUAUUUCAGAAUGAGAAGAGGGUGGCUUUAUCACCGGCUGGAGUUGAAGCUUUGGUUAAACAAGGCUUCAAUGUUGUGGUGGAAUCUGGUGCUGGAGAAGCUUCCAAAUUUUUUGAUGACCAUUACAGGGAAGUAGGAGCAAAGAUCCAGGGGACCAAGGAAGUACUGGCUUCAGAUUUAGUUGUCAAAGUGAGGGCUCCGAUACAUAACCCUGAACUAGGUGUACACGAAGCAGACCUUUUUAAGACAGCUGCUGCCCUCAUUAGUUUUAUCUAUCCGGAUCAAAAUCCAGACCUCCUGAAGAAAAUUGCAGAAAAAAAAGCUACUGUCUUGGCCAUGGACCAGGUUCCACAAAUCACCAUUGCUCAGGGUUAUGAUGCACUUAGCUCCAUGGCCAACACUGCUGGUUACAAGGCUGUUGUGUUGGCAGCAAAUCAUUUCGGUCAUUUUUUCACGGGUCAGAUCACAGCUGCUGGUAAAGUUCCUCCAGCCAAGGUCUUGAUCAUUGGAGGAGGAGUAGCUGGCCUGGCUUCUGCAGGAGCAGCCAAGUUGAUGGGUGCAGUGGUUUGUGGGUUUGACACCAGAGCUGCAGCUCUGGAACAGUUCAAGUCUCUUGGUGCAGAGCCUUUGGAAGUAGACUUAAAAGAAUCAGGAGAGGGACAAGGUGGUUAUGCUAAAGAAAUGUCUAAAGAAUUUAUUGAAGCGGAAAUGAAACUCUUUGCUAAACAGUGCCGGGAUGUUGAUAUCAUCAUCACUACAGCACUUAUUCCAGGAAAAAAAGCUCCCAUCUUGUUUAGAAAAGAUAUGAUUGAAUCAAUGAAGGAGGGUUCAGUUGUUGUGGAUUUAGCUGCAGAAGCAGGAGGAAACAUUGAAACUACAAAGCCUGGAGAAUUGUAUGUUCAUAAGGGUGUUACACACAUUGGCUACACAGACCUGCCUAGCAGAAUGGCUACCCAGGCCAGUACUCUGUAUUCCAAUAAUAUCAUCAAACUCCUAAAGGCUAUUAGUCCUGACAAGGAGAAUUUCUACUUUGAUCCAAAAGAUGAUUUUGAUUAUGGCACCCUGGAUCAUGUUAUAAGGGGAACUGUAGUGAUGAAGGAUGGCAAGGUAAUUUUCCCAGCACCUCCACCAAAUAACAUUCCUCAAGGAGCCCCUGUGAAGCAGAAGACUGUAGCAGAGCUGGAAGCAGAAAAAGCAGCUACUAUUACACCUUUUAGAAAAACGACUAGUGCAUCUGUGUAUACAACAGGUUUGGCUACCAUGUUAGGACUGGACAUUGUAGCUCCAAAUGCUGCUUUCACACAGAUGGUGACAACAUUUGGCCUCGCUGGAAUCGUGGGGUACCAUACAGUCUGGGGUGUGACUCCUGCUCUUCACUCUCCACUAAUGUCAGUGACUAAUGCUAUCUCAGGACUAACUGCAGUUGGUGGGCUUGUUUUGAUGGAAGGACACUAUAUGCCUGAGAAUGCUCCUCAAAGUCUGACAGUGCUUUCUGCCUUUAUGUCAUUUGUCAAUAUUGCAGGUGGGUUUAUGGUUACUCAGAGAAUGCUGGAUAUGUUCAAGUGUCCCACAGAUCCCCCUGAGUACAACUACUUGUACCUGCUUCCUGGUGGUGUGUUUGUAGGAGGCUAUGCAGCUGCACUCAGCGGAGGCUAUAAUAUUGAACAGAUGAUGUAUCUGGCCUCAGGCUUGUGCUGUGUCGGUGCCCUGGCUGGUCUGUACACCCAAGGAACUGCUCGUCUGGGCAACGCUUUGGGCAUGAUUGGUGUUGCUGGAGGUUUAGCAGCAACUCUUGGAGGCCUCCAGCCAUCACCCGAGUUGUUGGUUCAGAUGUCAGGAGCCAUGGCACUUGGUGGUACAGUAGGCUUAACAAUUGCUAAACACAUCCAGAUUUCAGAUUUGCCUCAGCUAGUUGCUGCUUUCCACAGUUUGGUGGGUUUGGCUGCCGUUCUCACCUGUGUGGCAGAAUUCAUGAUUGAGUAUCCUCACUUUGCUACGGAUCCAGCUGCCAACCUCACCAAGAUUGUAGCAUACCUUGGGACAUACAUUGGCGGAGUCACUUUCAGUGGCUCUCUUGUUGCUUAUGGAAAACUGCAAGCUAAGACUUCCCAUGCAGAACUAA